GCGCUGGCGUCAGCUGAUGAGGAAGAGGAGGAGGAGACGAAGAUCAGCGGAAGAUGGCGGACUCGGUGAGUUUGUUCGGAGGAAGAGCUCCAGCUGAAGUGCAGCAGCUGCAGAAGCAUCUGAGGACUCUGGACAGAGACACCUUCACACAGAUGCUGAGCGCGGUGCUGAAGGCUGUGGAUGGUCUGGACUGCCGUGAGUCUCUGAGACUGAUCUCGGAGAGUGGCUUGGUCUCGGAGGAAAGCUUUAACCACGUCGUGGCUGGACUGUACACACUUCUCAAAGAAGCUCUGUGUCUGCCAUCUCUAAAACAAGAGGUGUUUAAUGAGGAUCUCCGAGCGCUUCGGAUUUCUGAGGAGUUCAUCACAGACGUGUCCAGUGCUGUGUUUGGAAACAGACAGAGCUCCAUCCACAUCACCGACACACACCGAGGCCCGACUCUGGCAAAGAUACAGGACUUUAAAUGGAGAGUUGAUGUUGCCAUCUCCACAAGCUCGCUGUCUCGAGCUCUGCAGCCCUCCAUUCUGAUGCAGAUGAAGCUGUCUGACGGACGUUUGCAUCGAUUCGAGGUUCCAGUCGUCAAGUUCCAGGAACUGCGUUACAAUGUUUCUCUGAUUUUGAAGGAAAUGAAUGAUAUAGAGAAGAGGAGUAUUCUCAAAAUACAAGACUGAUGGAUCAUGCUAUCAUAUUCUUCGGAUCUUUUAUUUGAUUUACACUUUUCUAAUAUUUAGUAAAUUGUAUUAAUUGUACUGAACUAAUUUUUAUGAACCAUUUGUUUCUUUCAGCCAAGCUUAACUGUGUAAAACUGUAUCUUGUUUGUCAGGGUUUUGUUCCACAUUCUGUAAAAAUAAAUGUCUGGUGUUUUCUGAA